GGAUUUCUCUGAGAGCUUCACCAGAUGCUGUAAUGGCGGAUUCUGUUUCUCUAAGCUGAUUAACUUAGUGAAAAUUUGCGAAUCCAUCAAUGGCUCUGCUUCAAAGAUUCAUCUUUUUACUUCUUUUCAUGAUGACAUAUCAACUCUUGCCCUGCACCGGAUCCAUCCUUGAAGAAGAAUUCACUGAGGAACUGCUGCUGAAGCCAUUGCCCGAUCGGAAAGUGCUGGCGCAUUUCCAUUUUCAGACUAAGGCUCCUCCUUCAAGUUCUAAUGGCCGCCACCACCACCUCUUCCCCAAAGCCAUUUCUCAGCUGGUUCAGAAAUUUCAAGUUAAGGAAAUGGAAUUAUCUUUCACACAAGGCCGCUGGAGCUAUGAACGCUGGGGUGGAUUUGAUCCCAUGCCAAGCAACAAUGCAAAGCCCCCUGGAGUUGAGUUAUGGGCUGUUUUUGAUGUCCCUCAGAAUCAGAUUGAUGCUUCCUGGAAGAAUUUGACACACACUCUUUCAGGUCUUUUCUGUGCUUCAAUCAACUUCCUAGAGUCUUCAACAACUUAUUCUGCUCCUGAAUGGGGCUUUCCACCAGCUUCAAGGAACCUGAGGUAUGGAACAUUACCCCGUGAGGCUGUUUGCACUGAGAACCUGACGCCGUGGUUAAAGCUGCUUCCCUGUCGAGACAAAUCUGGGCUCUCUGCCUUACUGGAUAGACCAUCUAUUUACAGAGGGUUUUAUCAUUCUCAACGACUGCGUUUGAUCUCAACUGGACCUGGUUUGGGUGGGAUGGCAGGAAUUAUACUAGAACAGACACUAACAGUUGUUCUUCAGCCUAACGGUCGAAGGACUAUUGUGGCACAUUCUGGUGAAGCACCUGUACAACCUAGCUGGUCUAUGAGUUCAAUUUUUGGGAGAAAAGUCAAUGGAAGAUGUGUUCUUGCCAAGUCUAGUAAUGUCUACCUUCAGUUUGACAGGGGCCUAGCCAAAGAACUGAAGAAUCACCAAAAUGAAAACAAGGACUCUGGGACUAAUAAUCUAGCCUCUGAAGAUUUUUGGAAUAAUCCUGGCUUUGAAUUGUCUGUUAAGCCGGACGGGGUAUUUGAAGAAAUAAAUGGUUUGCAUAGUGAGAGUUCAUCAGUUCUGUACAAGUUCUCAAUGGAGAAAUACAGUGAAUCUGAGCCUUGUGAUCUAAGUUUUAAAUGGAAGAUUCCUGUAGUUUGGUCUUGCAAACAGGCACCACUGCAUGCUACUAGGUUUUUGAUGGGAAGUGGGAAUGAAAGGGGGGCAAUUGCUAUUUCCUUGAAGUCUACAGAAUUGACUGAGGGCUUCCUGGGUGCUAAUUCUGUUGAUGAUGGGUGUAAGGUGCAAGUUAAUAUUUUCCAAGUAGUUCCUUGGUAUGUUAAGGUCUAUUUCCAUUCUUUACGAGUAUCUGUUGAUCAACAACUGAAGGCACCUGCAGACGUUAUAGAGAAGAUACAUGUUUCACCUUCAAAAGACAAGGUAUCACCUGGAGUGAUGGAGAUGAUAUUGAAGCUUCCUUGCACUGUAAAAUCUGCUUCUUUAAGCAUAGAUUUUGAUAAGGGUUUUCUGCAUAUCGAUGAGUAUCCUCCAGAUGCUAAUCAAGGAUUUGACAUACCAUCAGCUGUUAUAAGCUUUCCCAAAUUCCAUGCAAGCUUGAUUUUCCCCAAGGAUGAUUCUUUGAAUGAGUCACCAAUGUUGUCAAAGUUUCAGCAAAAGAAUCCUGUAAUGUCUUACACAGAAGUAUUACUUGUACCCUUGACAACUCCUGAUUUUAGUAUGCCUUACAAUGUUAUAACAAUUACAUGCACAGUCUUUGCGUUAUAUUUUGGAUCAUUGCUUAAUGUACUGCGGCGAAGGGUUGCCGAGGAGGAAAGACUUCUUAAAAGCAAAGCUGCCACGAAAACCAAUCGGCUUUCUCUCCUUCUAUCUAAAUUGUCUGCAAAGCUUAGAGGCAAACCAUGGGAACCACCCAGUUCUCCCCAACCUACAUCAUCCUUUAUUAGUUCAAAAUUAGUACUCAGAGUAAUAUUAGUGGCUGGAAUUGCCAUGGUUUGGCAAUACUACUUUUCAUGAACUCUUAGGUUGUGUUUGGAUAGGGGAUUUAUAAUUUCAGAGAAUUUCAAAAUGCAGUAAUUUAAACCUUUGUUGAGUGCUGUAGCAUGAAAUUUUGUAAAAUGGUCAUUGGGUAAUUUUCAAAAUUGGUAAAUUUUAUUGCGAGUCUAUAUGCAGAAGUUCAUUUUUAAGAGCUUCAAAAUCUAGAACUUUAUGUUUCUACUUGGAAUGAAAAAACUCAUUGAAC